GAAAAUAUUUGCUGACAGUUAACACAUUCUUGUAUGUUGAAUUAUGUGUUAUAAUUUAUACAGAAUUCUGUUAUAGAUGUACAUAAAUUGAUAUGUUGUAUUUAAUAAAUUGAAAUUCUGUAACAAAAGUCCAGUGGAAAUAUAUUAUGGAUACUCAAUACAAGACUAUACACCCUGUGAAAUAUUUGCAGGAUCAUCUGGCACAGGGUGUUCGACCAGAUGGUAGGCAAUUUCUAUCUUUUCGUCCGAUAAGCGUUAAUAUUUCAUCGAUUACUCAUGCCGAUAGCUCAUCAAUAUUUAAAAUUGGGAAUACAACAGUUGUAUGUGGCAUUAAAGCUGAAUUAGCAACACCUAAAACUAUAUCUUCUGAAUGUGGAUAUAUUAUACCAAAUAUAGAACUUUCACCAUUAUGCUCUCCAAAAUUUCGACCAGGUCCACCGAGUGAUCAAGCACAAGUUAUUUCAAAAAUAAUAGAGAAUAUUUUGAAAAAUUCAGCAGCUGUUAAUUUAAAAGAUCUUUGUAUUUGUAAAGGCAAACUGGUAUGGGUAUUAUAUUGUGAUCUACUAUGUAUAAACUAUGAUGGUUCUGUAAUUGAUGCUUGUAUCGGAGCUUUGACUGGUGCGCUUAAUACUUUAUGUUUACCCGAAACAGUUUACAAUGUAGCAACAGGAAGUAUUUCUGUUUGUUCUACGAAGAAGAUACAAUUUCCAAUUAAAGCAAUGCCAGUAUCUGUAACAUUUGCUGUAUUUGAUAAUCAGUUAUUAAUUGCUGAUCCUACUGAUGAGGAGGAAAGUUUAUGCUUGGGAAGAUUUACAAUUGUAAUGGAUGAAGAAAAAAUUUGUUGCAUACAUAAGCCUGGUGGAAUUUCCAUUUCUCAACAUUUAUUUUCAAAAGGCUUAGCAAAGUCUAAAAAAAGAGCUGAGUUAGUAAGAUUACUGAUUAACACUGCUAUAUCAUCAACAAAAAAGGAAGAUUCAAACGAAUGACAAAUUGUAUAAAACUAUGAGUUACAUUAACAUUAAAGUAUUUUAUAAUUAUUUUGUAACAUUAUUUAAAAAUAUGUUUGAUUUUUCAUCUCCUCCAAAUAUUAUUCAAAUUGCAUUAUUUUAUUUGUAUACAAAUUACAUCGUACAUCUUACAAUUUUAUAUUGUAACCAUAACUUACAUUUAGUAUUAUGCGAUAUAAUUGACAAUUAAUUACAACGAAAUUAUGUUACGAUUAAUGUGUGAAAGUCUUUGAAGUUUAAAUAAUCGAUAUUUGUAGUACUUUCGUACAAGGACAUUAAUUCCUUAAAAUUAACUUAAGAGAAAGCUACAAAGUAUUAAUAAAGACUUGUUUUUUUCAUUA